UCCAACUAUGGAGCACUAGAACAUCUCAACCAAGACACAGAUAGCUUCCCACAACCACAACCACAAACACAACCAGAGCUAGCCAUGGAUUUUCUUGGCUUCCAAGACAGUUUUCUCAUCCCAGACCCAACCACUUACGAGUCGAUAAUCCUCUCAGAAACAGCCUAUAGCAAUCUCUUCCCAUACUUUUCUCCAACAUUUGAUCACAAUUCUUCAAACUUCGAACUCUUUCCGCCCCAAGAACUCGAUUUUUAUCCAUACCCAAAACGCCAAAAGAGCUAUGAAGAUCAGUACUACUCAGACUUAAUCGCGCCCGGUUUGUUAAAUGGGUUUGUUUCAAUUAACCCUCCUAUGCUGCCUGAAUUCUCACCGGAGCUUCAUGUUCCUCUGCCGGAGUUCCAUAGUCCGUUGGUUUAUAGUUGUGGAAGUGGUGUUGAGAGUAUUGAGAAUGUGAAGAAACCGAAUGGAGGAUGUUUGUCGGCUCAGACCAUCGCUGCGAGGCAGAGGAGGAGGAAGAUAACAGAGAAGACUCAAGAGCUCGGGAAGCUUAUUCCGGGCGGUCAGAAGAUGAACACUGCUGAAAUGUUUCAAGCUGCUUUUAAGUAUAUCAAGUUCUUGCAAGCCCAAGUUGGAGUUCUUGGAAUGAUGGGUUCAAUUCAGGACAAUGAAGAAGAACCGGUGCAUAGUCAAGAACUACAAGAACUUGUUGCAUCUCCACGCAUUCAAGAGAAGUUGUACUCCUCGGAGAAGUGCAUAGUUCCCAACCAACUUGUUCAAACCCUAGUGAAUGACAGUGAACUCCAAUCGAACUCUCUCGUGUUGAAGGAACUUCAUCAGUAUAUUCCGAUAAGUGGCUGAUAAAAACAGAAAAAAAGGAUGCACAAACUUGUUUAUGU